AUGUAUCCCCAUUCAAACCCAGUUCACCCUCGUGGCGAGCUGUACACGACCAACACCAUCUCCGAAGAUUUGAGCGGCAAAAACGCCUCACAAGAGCAAUUGAUUCCUGCUUCGCUUGCAGGGAUAGCUCCUCCUCUUGAUGGUUCAUCUUACAUUCCGAAUGCCAAUACUCCGGAAGAACACCAAAACAACCAGAAUUACUCAUUCAAACUCAUGCUGUUAGAACGGCAGAACGUCGUCCGGCGAAAUGCCGCCAUGGCUGCGACACAGAGCAGCGCAUACCAACGGCCACUCGGGCCUAAUAUCCCUGUCCCUUCUUUCGGGCCAUCGGCAGUCAACAACCAAAACAUGUCUGCCCCUUUAGCGCCGGGUCGUCCUGUUCCAUGUCAAUGUCCCCAAGCCCCGGUGUAUCCCCAAGCCACGGCAUAUCAUAUCGAUGCCCCUUACACUCCUGCAAGGCAACAGAUUCCGAGUCCACGUUCAGUGAACUCAUACGAUAUGAACCCGCAGUACUCGAAUCCCGUUGGCUCAGAAAUGUACACUCCUCCCAGCCAAGGAAGUGUCUCUGUAUCAGAAGCCAAUGACCUCAAGGCCCAAAUCGCAGCUCUUCGCGACAAGGUCCGGGAGCUGGAAGGAAAGCCAGUUCUACCCACAGCCUCGAAGUAUCAGAUCCUUUACCGGAUUGAGAAAGACAGCACCUAUCCCAGUGACAAUGAGAUCAUGGACGAUAGCGACGAUGAAUUCAGCCCCAGGCCCAGACAACUCGGGCCUGAGACCCAGCUCUCCAUGGAUGGGGAUUUAUACCGAUCCCCCCUGAGCUCAUCCAUCGAAACAUGGCUGUACCUCGCUCUCAACAGAGACAUAUCGUUUGUGGUUUUCCGGAACUACAAACGAAGGGCCGAGCUGCAGUCACCGAACAAAAAGUAUGGCAAGCCAGAACCAUUCAGCGAGACCAUUCUUCCAGUUUCCGAAGAUCUCAAAGGCGUGAUCGCAGAUUUCCUCAGGGGCAAGGAGUUCCGAUCCAUGUACAGCGACUACCGGAACACAGGAGAGGUGCAGUCGCCUUACCUCUUUGUCUACCAUAACCGGGGUGCUGGAGAAACGGAAAUUAAACGAGGGCUGAGCUCUGAGGCGCAAAGACAAUUUGACCUCUUCAUGGACUAUGUCCAAGAGGCUUGCGGUAAUGACUACACUGCAGCAGACCUGCUUUUGGAGAAAGGCAAAAUUCGCCCGGAGUACGUUCAAUAUCUGUUCAAGCCCAACGAAGUCCUGGUCUCGAACAGAAACAAAGAGCAUGUAGGUUAUUUAGCCAAGGACUGGCCGUCUCGAAGCAUGGAAAUUCGUGGCAGCGAUCCUUGUUGGUGGAUCAGUGUUCAGACCUGGGAAUUUGAUGGCGACUUUUAUAAAUCUCACACUAGGCUCAGUUUUGAGAUGCCGCCGUCGCAGCAUGCCAUGGAAAUGCCGCCGUCGCUUGAAGUGGAUAAUUUGUCAGAGGACUCUAGCCUUCCUCUACACCAUAUUGACUCAGACAAAGAGUGUUCUAUCACGGACCUUGCGGUAUAUCCGGUCAAGUAUGCCCCUGAAUAUCUGUUCCGCAAGCUUCAGCGCCGUGGGGGGAUUUUCUGGACAUUCCGCACCCAGAAGUAUGUGUCCUAUCAGGCGACCGAGGAAGAGAAUUUCCAGACCGUGGCCGAGGACCGGUACAUCAUAGACAUGAAGACUUACAAGAGACUGCAUCCAGAUCCAGACUCGAACGGGUAUUUGAAUAAUGACCUACGCAGAAACACACUCGAUGAGAGAGUCAUGGCCAGAGAGCAACCCCCACAAGAGCCGUUCAGCAUGUUGAUGCCUCCAAGGGUGACUGGCUUCAACCUCCGGCGCAAGAAAUGGUUCGACCUCUCAGUCGACCGCAUCUCCCAUGUCGAGUGGAACAAAGACGCCUUCGAGAGUCUAGCCAUCGACUCUAAAUCCAGAGACCUUAUCGAAGCAUUGGUGACCAACCACGUCGAGCCCGAAUACUCCGCCGAUCUGAUCGCCGGCAAAGGAAACGGACUUAUCUUGCUUCUGCACGGCGGGCCAGGAACAGGCAAAACACUGACUGCAGAGAGUGUGGCUGAAAUAGCCGAGAGGCCUCUCUAUCGAGUCACAUGCGGUGACGUCGGCAUCGAGCCAGAGGAUGUGGAGAAGUACCUCGAGUCCGUGCUACACCUGGGCAAGAUCUGGAACUGCGUAGUUCUGCUCGAUGAAGCAGAUGUUUUCCUCGAGCAGCGCGGUCUGGAAGAUCUGAACCGGAAUGCGCUGGUAUCGGCAUUUCUGGUCGGUACCUUCGACGAGGCGUUCAAGUCGCGCAUCCAGCUGGCGCUGCACUACCCGCCUCUUGGUGAGGAGCAGAGACGAACCAUCUGGGAGACUUUUAUCCAGCGUCUGGAUGGGUUUGAUGAAGAUGCUGUUGAUGUUGAAAAUCUUAUGGGGAGCUUGAAUGUGCUUCAGAAGGAGAAAUUGAACGGUCGGCAGAUUCGGAAUGCCGUCACCACCGCUCGUCAGUACGCGAAGUGGAAAGGGGGGGGUUCUCACGUAUGA